AUGCAGGCGCGAGCGUCGCUGAUGGCGUUGGCCGCGCUGGUAGUGGUGGCUGCGAGCGCGGAGCGUGGAGGUGGUAUCAGAAUCGGUGGCUCUAUUGGCGGCGGCGGUGCCAUCGGGACCGGUAGAGAAGGCGGUCGGGGUGGUGGAGUGCGCUUAGGAGCUCGGGCUCGCACCUCACCGGCGCCUCAAAUACCCCGACAACCUUCAGUGAUAACCGCUGCUCUUGUCGUGCCUCACAAAGCCUUUGGCGCGCGCGAUUAUACGAGAGCGGAAAAGGCGGCCUUGUCGAAAUUGCCGCGGAAAUUAAAACUUUUCUCACAAGUGCGACUUAACAUUACGCUUUCUAUGCAAGGCUUGACGCCAAGUCCUAUGUCUAUCUUGGACUCGCUAUGUAAAGAAUUUUUAGCAGUCAACGUGUCUGCUAUACUGUAUCUUAUGAAUCAUGAACAAUACGGGCGGUCUACUGCCUCAGCACAGUAUUUUCUGCAAUUGGCCGGAUAUCUUGGCAUACCGGUAAUUGCGUGGAAUGCUGAUAACAGCGGCCUUGAAAAGCACGCUUCUCACGCGUCUUUAAGAUUACAAUUGGCUCCAACGAUCGAGCAUCAAACCGCCGCUAUGCUGUCUAUUCUAGAACGAUAUAAAUGGCACCAGUUUAGUGUGGUGACAUCUGCUAUCGCAGGGCACGAUGACUUUAUUCAAGCAGUUCGAGAAAGAGUUUCUUCACUCCAGGAUCGUUUUAAAUUUACAAUACUAAAUGCGGUGGUAGUGAAGAAACCAGCUGAUUUGAAUGAGUUGGUAACUAGCGAGGCACGUGUUAUGCUAUUGUACGCCACGCGGGAGGAAGCUGCUGAAAUUCUCUCGACAGCCGCCGAUUUACAUUUAACAGGCGAGAGCUAUGUAUGGAUAGUAACACAGAGUGUGUUGGGCUCACUGCAGCCACCUAAUAAAUUUCCAGUUGGAAUGCUCGGAGUACACUUUGACACAUCAAGUUCCUCUAUUAUAUCGGAGAUAGGAACUGCAGUGAAGGUGUUUGCGUAUGGUGUAGAAUCAUAUAUAUCACAGACAGAAAAUUUACGAUAUCCCCUGGGUACGAGAUUGUCUUGCGAUGGAGCAGGCAGUGGUGAGGCGCGAUGGUCCACUGGUGAAAGAUUUUAUCGACACUUGCGUAAUGUGAGCGUCGACAGUGAAACCGGAAGACCUAGCAUAGAAUUCACUCCAGAUGGUGAACUACGAGCUACGGAGUUAAAGAUAAUGAAUCUGAGACCUACUAUUGGGGAUCAGCUUGUGUGGGAAGAAAUUGGAACGUGGAAUUCAUAUCCAAAAGAACGUUUGGCGAUAAAGGACAUCAUUUGGCCAGGAGGGUUACAUACACCUCCGCAGGGAGUACCUGAGAAGUUUCAUAUGAGAAUAACUUUUUUGGAAGAACCACCAUAUAUAAAUUUGGCACCACCAGAUCCAGUCAGCGGGCGAUGUUCUUUAGAUAGAGGUGUUAUAUGUCGUGUAGCACCAGAGAUAGAAGUUGUUGGGAUUGAGGCUGGAGCCGCUCACAGAAAUAGUUCCUUAUAUCAGUGCUGUAGUGGAUUUUGUAUUGAUUUAUUACAACAAUUAGCAGAACAACUUGGCUUUACAUAUGAGCUUGUUCGUGUGGAAGAUGGUCGUUGGGGCACUUUUCAAGACGGCAAGUGGAAUGGGCUUAUAGCAGAACUUGUUAAUAAGAAGACAGAUAUGGUACUCACAUCAUUAGUCAUAAAUUCAGACAGAGAGGCCGUUGUUGACUUCAGUGUUCCAUUCAUGGAAACAGGUAUAGCUAUAGUCGUUGCGAAAAGAACAGGAAUAAUCUCUCCCACCGCAUUUCUGGAACCGUUUGAUACCGCAUCUUGGAUGCUGGUAGGCGCAGUUGCAAUACAAACUGCAACCUUUUGCAUUUUUAUUUUUGAGUGGCUGUCGCCGAGUGGUCUUAAUCGCUCUCCUGGCCAAAUCAAUGUGCAGAAUCGGUUCUCUCUCUGCCGAACUUACUGGAUCGUUUGGGCGGUCCUUUUCCAAGCUUCGGUGCAUGUCGACUCACCUCGCGGUUUUACGGCGCGUUUUAUGACGAAUAUGUGGGCUAUGUUUGCGGUGGUGUUUCUCGCUAUAUACACAGCUAAUUUAGCUGCUUUUAUGAUUACAAGAGAAGAGUUCCACGAGCUUACUGGUAUUGAUGACCCCAGGAUCGUGAAACCGAAAACUUAUCAGCCCCCACUAAAGUUCGGGACGGUGCCGUGGUCCCAUUCGGAUGCUACACUGAAGAAAUAUUUUAGAGAACCGCAUUCUUACAUGACACCAUAUAAUCGAAGCACAGUAAGUGCGGGUGUGACCAGUAUAUUGACUGGCGACCUGGAUGCUUUCAUUUAUGAUGGAACCGUUCUGGAUUAUUUAGUGUCCCAGGAUGAAGAUUGCAGAUUGUUGACAGUCGGUGCAUGGUAUGCGAUGUCAGGGUACGGACUGGCUUUUACACGCAAUUCUAAAUACCUAGGGAUGUUUAAUAAGCGAUUGCUUGACUUACGUGCAAAUGGAGAUUUGGAACGUUUAAGAAGAUACUGGAUGACUGGGACUUGUAAACCAAAUAAACAAGAACACAAGUCGUCAGAUCCACUUGCGUUAGAACAGUUCCUGUCAGCGUUCUUACUUCUCAUGGCCGGCAUACUACUAGCUGCGGCCAUAUUGUUCUGUGAACAUUUAUACUUCCGUUAUGCGAGAGAACACAUUGUCAAAUCAGAGCUACACCCUUGUUGUACGCUGGUCUCUAUCUCAAUGGGCCAGUCCCUUUCAAUGCAGAAUGCAGUAAUGGAUGCUACUGCUGAUCAUGGAUUUAGAUUAGGCAAACGACCUCAUUGUCGGUCUGCCGUAUGUGCUGCCCAGAUUUGGCGCGCACAACAUGAGCGAGACGCAGCAGUAGCGCGUGCGAGGCAAUUAGCAGUGGUUCUGGCUGCACAUGGUCUGCAGCCUCCACCACGCCGCCUCGCCUCGGCUGCCGCUCUUCAUGCUUCCGGCCGCGCCCACGACGCCACAAGACCACGCACGCUACACGUGCCCGCGGACUUGCUGCCGGACCUCGACCGACCGCUCUCUUGCGACGACCUACGUGCCAGGGAGCGGACUCGUGUCGAAAUGGAAACAGUGCUGUGA